AUGUCGAAAGCAGCCGCAUUUCUUACCGAUCCCCCCUUGGUUGACGAUCGCCCCAGCUUUGAGACCAUUCUCAAGCACGGUCACCAGGACCUUGUCCAAGCAGUCGCUUUCAACGGCCACGGAGACCGCUGCGCAACCGGAUCUGUUGACGGCAAGAUUCGUGUCUUCAACCGCCUCAAGGAAGGGAUAUGGCGCUUGUGCGACAACUGGACUGCUCAUGCCGGCGAAAUUCUCGAGCUCCAAUGGCUCCCAACAACCGUCUACCCCAACCUUCUCGCCUCGCUCGGAAUUGAGGGCCGCUUCAAACUUUGGGCCGAAGACCCCUCCGCCGCCCCCGGCCGUCGCUUCGCUGAGUCGACGCGUAACGGGCCCCUCAUUACUAUACCAUCACCACGCCUGAGCAGUCAUCCCAGCCAUCUAACGCACUCUCAACACCCUCAACAACAACCUCACCAUCACCACGCCCCCGAGUCAAUACUCCCCAGCAAUCCCCCUCCCACAUCGAACCCUCCACAAGCAACGGGUUCGACAACUGCCGGGUCCGGCGCCAAACCUGCCUUCGAGACCCGGAACCCUCGCUCGCCUUACCGCUCCUUCUCUAUCAAGCACAUUGAUGACACCCGCACGACAUAUCUGGCCCUGCUGUCCGCCGAUGGUGGGUUAACGGUGUACGAGAAUGACCGUGUUGAGAAUCUGGCUGCAUUUUCGUUAAUGGAUGAGUUCAACGUCCUUGACCCGACGGCAGCUACGGGUCCAGGGCAAGCUAGUACCGCCCCUCGAGGACAAGAGACUUCAUUUAGGGUGAGGUUCGAUCCAAAUCCUGACGUGUGUUACACAGCAUUACGCGAUGGUGUACUCUCCGAUGCACUGGGGUUGGUAGUCGCAGUUCAGGAUACAGUGAAGGUGUACCGCACACGAGAUGCCGUGCGGGCAUCGCUUGGGCUGGCAGCUGCCACUAAGGAAUUCUACCUUGCCGCAGAGGUCGUUGCAGGGGUACACAGGGGGCUAGUGCGGGACGUUGCCUGGGCGCCGGGGAAUAUUAGGGGCUACGAUAUCAUCGCGACGGCCUGCCAGGAUGGCUUUGUGCGGGUCUUCCGGUUGGAUACGCUCUCACCUUCAACAUCUGACACCACAAAAUUUGCCAGAGAACCCAGCUCAAUCGACUUAACCCAAGGUGGUGAACUAGACGACGAAAAGAGGGCCCAAGAAUCCGCGCCCGAAAGCCGCUGGUCCUCGUCCCGAGUCCGACGACACGCCACCCGCCGCCAAGGUCCCUCCCAAGACGCCCUAACAAUAACAACCUCCGGCCUACGCGCGAGCCUUGACUCUCACAAUCACCAGCAAACACCGUCCCGUGAACUUGAUGCCGCCGACCGGCGAAGUCGCCGGGCAUGGACCAACCAGCCGGGUCAGGUCCGGCACACGUUGACAGAGAUAUCCCGGCUGGACAACCACCGCACGCCGGUUUGGCGGGUUGCAUUCGAUGAUGAUGGACAGAUACUUGGGAGUGUGGGGGACGAAGGGAAGCUGUUGUGUUAUCGGCAGAAGCCGGACGGGACGUGGGCGAAGAGUAGUGAGAUGUCGGUGGUGAAGGUGAAAAUGGCUGCGCCGCAGUGA